GCAGGUCCAGCUUCAAGGAGGCCAACCGCCUUUCCCAUUGCAGCAGCCUCAACUCGUAUUCAAUCCACCUCAGCCCCAGCCCCAGCCCCAGCCCUCCUAUCCACCGACGUACCCUUCGAAUGCGCCUGCCCUGCAAAACCAGAAUGUCCCUGGGCCGUCUCUUUAUGCACUGAACGAAAUCGCCAAAGAGACUGCGGGGCUCGCCGGGAAAGGACUUCCAAGUCUGCCUCCGACGUGGAACGCCGGAUAUGCUCCUCCGCCUCCCAUCCCCUACAACCCUCAAGGUCCCAUGUAUCAGUGGCCAGGGUACGGCUACCACGCACCCGCACCAAAUUAUUAUGGUGGCCACCCCGGACCUCAAGCUCAUGGUGCAGCGCCUGGUGCAGCACCUUAUCCCGGUGCCCCAAUGCAAUCCCCCCCUGCUCCUCCUGCAGCGCAUGUCCCGUUUCACCAGCAGGUGCAAGUGAUGUCGCAUGCUGCACCGAUGCCGCAAGUACCAUCUGUAGGCCCAGUGGAGGGAAGUUCUACGGGGAGUUUGAAGAGGAAGGCGGCUGAUGAGGAUGACAUGACCGAAGACACGAAAGAAAAACGUUCUCGUCCUCAGGGCAAUCCAGAUUUUGAACGCGUACCGCCGGGUACAGAUGGGAAAGAGAGGUGGAGAUGUCUUAAGAACGCAUGCAAAAGCUGUCAUCCGAUGCUGGAGGCCAGCGUUCAUAAACAUAUAACGGAGACGGUCUCACAUGGCGGAUCAAAUAAGUAUAUAUGCGAAGCGUGUGGUGCCGGUUUCAACCGCCGGGAUGCAUUAAAAAGGCAUAAACCCUCUCAACAGUGCAUCAGAAAUAGGGAGAAGGCUCUGGCUCAAGCAAACUCCCAAGCGCUUGGUCCCAUCACGUUCGCAUCUUCCUCAGGCCCUGCAUCGAGCUCGGCGACCCAACAAUCCUUGCCCCCGUCUGUGGCCCCACCGCAUGUUGUUCAGGUCGUUGGGAAUAGCACAUCUGGCGCUGCGUCCUCCGUCGCGAUGUCUCAGCAACAAUUCGCCUUCAAAGUCCAAGGACCUGCAUCGGGCUCCGCGAACCAACAAUCCCUGCCCUCGCAUGUUGCCCCACCGCAUGCUAUUCAAGCCGCUGCGAAUCGCACGUUUGGCGCUACGGCCCCCUUCGCGAUGUCUCAUCAGCAAUUCACCUUGAAAGCACGAGGACCUGCAUCGAGCUCGGUGAGUCAACAAUUCAGUCCGCAGGCCACACGGACUGACGCAAGGUCAAUGAUCCAGCAUGUCCCAACCUGGUCUGCGUUCUCGCAGAAAUAUCCAUCUCUCCCCGAGAACAUUCAAACCUCAUUCAAACCGACCACUGUGCAGCAGCCGGCUGUCGCACCCCCGUUGCAGGCCUUCCAGGGUACCCCGAACCAGACUUCUUCUACUCCCCUCCCAUCUGCACCUAAAUCACAACCCGCGCAACCGUCAUCUGGCCAUACUAUACCAAUCGUCGCGAGUGAUUUCUCAUUGUCGAUUUUCAAGCCGACUGCUGCUCCCCUCCAACCUCCUUUGCCGCCAUUGUCUCUUCCCCCGUCUGAGGAUGUAAACGAUGAGGAUGAUGAGGAUGAUGAUUCAGGUUUAUUCUCAGAACCAUCCUCUCCCACAUCGUCCAAGGAUGCAUUCGACCCUUCCAUGCACCUGUUCUCCGCACCACCGUCUCCCUCUCCUGACUGAGAAAGCGAUGGAUGCUACUGUCCCUUGACGUAAAUGCAAUCGCGCCUCUCUUUUGCCCCAUUCGACGGGUCUGUUCUCAAUAUCCCUUUUUCUGAUUAUUUAUUCGAUGUCGAGCGAUCGCUCUUGGACUGCCUUGUGUUCGGUUUCAUUAUCGUAGACUUCACAUAUCUUCACAUGACAUCGUGCAUCAUUUAUUUUGGAAUAGACACAAGUACCUAUACCAAUUGGAAGUAUACCCUAUGUAACAAUACUAUAAGUA